AGAGUCAAGAGGUGAGAGACCAGCUGAGCGGGGAAGAAAGCCUCCAAGACAGCAGCACAGGACAGAAGAUUGAGACAGUGUCACCGUGUCACGCAGAAGAUGAUGUCACUAAUAUUGCUCAGAAAUCCCUCCUUGCUGUUGAAAAAGAGGAUGUGCCAACAGGAGUAGGAUUCACGGUGUGGAAAGUCCACUACAAACAUACUCAGACUCAGCUACUGGUGCUGCUCAGCCUUCCCCUCUUUAACUUAAAAUUGAACACAACUGCCUUGGAAACCUGUGAACAAGAGAAAGGAUGUGAGAGACAGCGCCCAUGAUGGCAGAGGUUUACGUGGAGGAUUUUGAGUGCUACAUGACUCUUAAACGCUAAAAGCAGAAGGCGACUAGCUGGUAGCUCAGUGUGGAGCAAAAACUUUUAUUUUAAACUUCAAAAAUAAUUAUGUCAAAGAAAAGUCGUGCCAAGGUGGAGAAGUGCGACAUGGAGAUUGAAGCACUACAAGCUGCUAAUGAGGAACUACGGACUAAACUAACCAACAUCCAGAUAGAAUUUCAGCAAGAAAAAAGCAAGGUGGGCAAAUUGAGAGAGAAAAUCCAAGAGGUGAAGCAGGAAAGGGAGCAGGAGCAGCACAAGCACACCGCCUAUGUUUCCGAGCUGAAAGCCAAGCUCCACGAGGAGAAAAUGAAGGAGCUUCAGGGCGUCCGGGAGCUCCUGAUCCGGCAGCAUGAGCAGGAGGUCGCGCGGAUGGCAAAAAUUAAGGACGGUGAAAUCCAGCGUUUGCAGUCAACGGUAAACGUUCUGCGGGACGGGGCAGCCGACAAGGUGAAAACAGCGCUGCUAAACGAAGCGAAGGAGGAGGCUCGGAAAGCCUUCGACAGCGAACGAAUGAAGCUGCAGCAGGAGAUCUUGGAGCUGAAAUCUGGCAAAAAGCAGCUUGAGGAAGCUUUGAACAACAUUAUGCAGGCGGAUAAAAUGAAGGCCGCUGACCUGCGCACAGCUUAUCAGUCCCAUCAGGAGGAGAUUAACAGAAUAAAACGUGAAUGCGAGAGGGAUAUCCGCAGGCUGAUGGAUGAGAUAAAAGGCAAAGACAGAGUGAUUCUGGCUCUGGAAAAAGACCUUGGCGUCCAGGCAGGCCACACACAAAAGCUGCUGCUUCAGAAAGAGGCCUUGGACGAGCAGCUGGUCCAGGUGAAGGAGGCAGAACGGUACCACAGCAGCCCGAAGAGGGAGCUGCCAGCAGGCGUGGGGGACAUCUCUGAGCUGAUGGGAAGCCCGGAGCAGCAUUUGGAUGAACGAGAUAUGCGGAGAUUUCAGUUAAAAAUCGCUGAACUGAAUGCUGUAAUAAGGAAGCUGGAAGACAGAAAUACUCUUUUAGCAGAUGAAAGAAAUGAGCUGCUGAAACGUUCUCGGGAGACAGAAAGUCAGCUGAAGCCUUUGGUAGAAAAAAAUAAGAGGAUGAGCAAAAAAAAUGAUGAUAUGUUGCAAUGUAUCCAGAGAAUGGAAGAAAAAAUAAAAAAUCUGUCAAGGGAAAAUGUAGAAUUGAAAGAGAAGUUAUCUGCACAACCAGUGUUGAAGAGGCACACGUCUUUGAAUGAUCUUAGCAGCACACGAGAAGAACAAGAAAUUGAAUUCCUCAGGCUGCAAAUCAAAGAACAGCAGCAUGUUAUUGACGAUCUCACAGUGGAAAGGGAACGGUUGAUACGGUCUAAAAAGCAGAAGAGGAAAAGCCUCAAACCUCCAAAGAGGCAUGUUGUGGAGACAUUUUUUGGAUUUGAUGAAGAAUCCAUUGAUUCAGAAACAUCAUCUGUAACUUCAUAUAAUACAGAUAAAACAGACAGGACACCUGCAACACCAGAAGAAGAUUUGGAUGAUAACACACCUAAAGAAGAAGCUGAACUAAGGUUUUGCCAGCUAACAAGAGAGUAUCAAGCUUUGCAAAGAGCAUACGCGUUGCUUCAAGAGCAAGUUGGCGGAACCCUGGAUGCAGAGAGAGAAGCAAGGACUCGUGAACAACUGCAAGCUGAUCUUCUCAGGUGCCAGGCAAAAAUUGAGGACCUGGAGAAAGCUCUAAUAGAGAAAGGGCAGGAUUCAAAAUGGGUAGAAGAAAAGCAACUGCUUAUCAGAACAAAUCAGGAGUUGCUAGAAAAGAUUUACAAAAUGGAACAAGAAGAGCAUCAGCUGAAGAACGAGAUGCAGGAUGCAAAAGACCAGAAUGAGCUGUUAGAAUUCAGAGUGCUAGAGCUUGAAGAAAGAGAACGAAGGUCGCCGGCAUUUAAUCUUCAUAUAACCACCUUUCCUGAAAACAAUGGAAGUGCGCUCCAGCUGUUCUGUCAACAGGAAGGAAUAAAGGAUGUGAAUAUAUCUGAACUUAUGAAGAAGCUAGAUAUUCUUGGAGAUAAUGGGAAUUUGAGAAACGAAGAACAGGUUGCAAUAAUCCAGGCUGGGACUGUGCUUUCCCUCUGUGAAAAGUGGUUAAAACAGAUAGAGGGGACAGAAGCUGCACUGACACAGAAGAUGUUAGACCUGGAGAAUGAAAAGGACCUGUUCAGUAAACAGAAGGGUUAUUUAGAGGAAGAACUCGACUACAGGAAGCAAGCUCUGGACCAGGCUUACAUGAAAAUCCAGGAGCUGGAAGCCACGCUGUACAAUGCCCUGCAGCAGGAUCCAGGCAGGCGGGCGAGCGAGUCGCUGACUGAAGCCCAGCGGGAGGAUCUGCGAGCUGCAGUGGAGAAGGUGCGGCGGCAGAUCCUGAGGCAGAGCCGCGAGUUCGACAGCCAGAUCUUGCACGAGCGAAUGGAGCUGCUGCAGCAGGCACAGCAGCGGAUUCGAGAGCUAGAAGAUAAAAUAGAACUUCAAAAGCGUCAACUCAAAGAAAUUGAGGAAAAGCAUUCAUUCUGUGGCCUUGAUGACACAACUGAGCCAAGAAGUGUGGAUAUUAAAAGAGCCUAUGGAGUGAACAGCUGAGUCCACGUGCAAAAAUAGAAAAUAUUUAUUUGAGCAGCUUUAAAUUGGUGCAUUUUUUCUUAAAACAGUUUGCAUAAUACUACAAGCUGCGAGAUAUUUGAAUUUAAAAUUAGAUUUUUUUAAAGAUAUAGCUUCAAGCUGGAAUGAUUUGAUAAUCAAAUAAGGACCAGCACCUCAUAAACACUGAAAAAAAUCAAAACGGAAUUUACACUCGCACACCAAUCAAACACUGGAAAAAAAAAGUCAAGUGCAAUUACUAGCUGCUGUGUGAACUAUUAUCUACCAAAUGGUUUUAUUACAGUACUGAGUUCUUUGUCUCCAUACUGCAUGCUUUCAACAAAUGUCGUUUGCAUUUCACCCAGGAAACACAGAACCUCCUUUUAAAUAUCUAUUUAAAAAGCUAAGUGUUUGACCAUAAAUUCUCUAUAGUAAAUAGCUGACAAGAAAAAAAAAACUGUUCAAAGUUGGAACACAUAGAGAUUUAGAAUCCCACAGUGAUAAAAUUCAUAUUAAAUACAUAAGUUGGAAAUCCACAGACAAAGAAGAGAGAGGUUUUGGCUACAUAGCAAGGGAAGAUGAUAGAUUGCUUUCAAGCAGGUAGGAGCUGCACUGGAGAAUGGCAUUCUGAAUGUCUUUUGAAAAUUAAGGCAAUAACUUGUAAAGGUGUCAUUGGGAGAAUGAAAGAUCUUGAGGUGAACCGAAAGGUCAGGAAAACAGAAUGCGUGAUGCGCUAUGGUCAGUUAUCUCUUCAAGAAGAAAGAGGGGCUAGAAGAUACAGAAACUGCUGUGUAGAAAAAUGUGAUGAGCAGAGAUAUAUUUGAAAAGGAGUACUGUGGAAAAGAUGGUAUCCUCCCAAGUGAAAUAAAAGAAUGCCGACAUUAGCCAUCAAGAAGUAAACCUGACACAACCUCACCAAGCAGAGGUAGAUAAGCACAGUCAUGGACAUUGACCACCUGAAUUACAAGGCAAAUUUUGGGUGAAGCACAGAUUGAAAAAAUGAAGGUCGAAAAGAGUUGUUUAAGAUGGAGAAUGGUUAGUAAAAUCAACAAUGAGGCUUUUUUUCUUCCAAAGAGGGAAAAAUAAGUUAUUGUUUCAGAGCUGGAAAGACAAUAUGAAGAAAUAGGUAUUUUUUUUAUCAUUUCUAGCAUGUAGGGGAAUGAUGAACAUAAUAAUAGCACAGUAUUUAAAGAUAACUUUCUCCUCCCUAGAGUUUUCUUGAAAAUCAUUUUUGUGUUAAAAGGGCUAUGUAGAAAACUACAGAGACACAAGUCUGAUCCUUUGGAAACAAUGAACUUGAAUAUAGAGUGGAAUAAGAAAGUCGUGAUAAUACAUCAGAUAAAGUGGAAAAUAAAAUUGAAAAAAUAAUAUAGGCCAAGAACAAUCAAGGCAGCACAAAGCAAGCUACAGAAAAGAUUUAUCAUAGCAACUGGAUAUCUCACUGUUGAAGGUGCAGAAAUCAGUCUCAAAAGAAGCUGGUUCUCUCAAAUAAUUUUUAGGCUGCAAAGUAUGAUCAGAGAUGUACUCUUCAUGAAGAAUCACCGGGCAAGAUCAUUUAUCUGCUGAAGGAGCUGGGGCAGACCACAAGACUAAUUCAGUCAUAGGCAGAAAACUGUGGCUCCUGUGUGUCUGAAUAACCCUGUUUCCUGACACAAAGCACAAUUUAAAUUAGAAACUAUCAAGCAAGUCACAAGGAUCAUGCAAAAGUUUGGAAAAUGUAUCCCCAAAAGAAUGUGAUGCUCACAGUGUCUUCAAAAGGAAUGAGCGUUUGGAGAAUGUGUUCUUAAAUAGAGAUUUUUUCCUGUUUUAGUUAAAGCUUUUAGCAGUGUGAUGACAGAAUGUGGAAAAAUCAGGUCUUCACUGCAAAAAGAAGAGCUUUGGCAUUCAUCUGAAAAGAAGGACCAUAAGUAGAGUUUUGGAUAACCAAACCAGGUGCUGAUGAAGGAACAGAAAUGGGAAAAAUGUGUUUUGCAUGACAAAGAAACAGAUGCUCUUGCUUCUCAUAGAUGUAGUUUUGUUUAUCAUUGGAAAUGAAACUUUAAGCACAAA